AUGGUCGUCCUCCGCGCGAUCGCCAAGUACAACGAGGACGGCUUCGACAUUCAGCACCAGGACGUGGCAAUGGCGCAGGCGGACCCGGACGGCGAGCGGGACGCACUCAUGCACGCGUCGCCUGCAAUGUCGCCGCCCGUAUCCCCGGUCGCACCGACGUCGCUCCGCGCACAGCAGGCGGGCCACCGCCACCGGAGCAAGGGCAAGUGGUACCACGAGUUCGCGGGGCAGAUGAGCAAGCUCUUCAGCCCCAAGUGGCGUCGGACCGUGACGCUGAUGUGGAUUAUCUGGGGCGCGAUGGCCCUCGCAUACACCAUGUUCAAUGUGUGGCUCCCCGCCGUGCUUGAGAGCCGCCAGACGGGUCCGGACGCCAUUAGGAGCGGGCUCUGGGACCUCGUCCUGUAUGCGCUGGCGGGAUGCCCGGGCUCUGUCAUUGGCGCGUGGAUGAUCCAGACCAAGCUUGGUCGCCGCCGCUCCCUCGCCAUCUGCACCAUUGCGACGGCAGUGAGCGUGUUCGCCUUCGUCGGCGUGCGCGCCGGCAUGGCGCUGACUGUCUCGAGCAUGUUCAUCAGUCUGACGGGUACGGCGAUGUACGCUGUUCUUUACGGCAUGACGCCCGAAACGUUUGGGACGGAGAUCCGAGGGACGGCGUGCGGGACGUCGGCGGCGUUGUCCCGACUCACUGGCGUCAUUGCGCCAGUCACGGCGGGCAUCCUCCUCACCAUGUCCCAGACGCUGCCGCUGCUCAGUGUCGCGGUCAUCUACGUCUUCACGGCGUUCUGCUCAUUGCUCCUUCCGCCGGAUCGGAAGAGCGAUGGUGGUCCGGUGACCAUGGCUCACUAA